AUGGUCCAGCUAUCCAAAUUCCUCGCUAUUGCGGCUGCAUGCCUGGCGGCUCCUGCCAUUGCCCACCCCGGGGAGAAGCACGAUCUUCACGCCAUCAAACGUGAGAUCCAUACCCGGAAUUCCAUGGCCGCCCACGCUAAGCGUUCCCUCGGUGGAUGCGAGAGCACUUUCCAUGCCCGCGAGUUGAACAAGCGUAGCGUUUCCCGUCGCUCGCGCACCGUUCAGAAACUCCGCCAGAAGCACGGGAUUACUGCCGCUUCCCAGAAAUGGCGCCGCGACCUUGCUGCUCUGGAGAAGUGGGAGGCUAUUGACCACAACCGUACUGGCAUUCUGGACUACAGCCUCGCGACUCCGGAGUCAGUUGUCUUCGGUGCCAACACUAGCUUUGUUCUGUCACCCACUGUUACCGACGGUCCCUACUAUGUCUGGGGUGAGGUCGUGCGUCAGAAAGUCAAGGAGGAGCUGUACUCGGAUGGUGUGGAUGUUUUCCUCGAGGUGCAGUACAUCGACGUGAACACCUGCAAGCCUGUGCCUGGCGCGGUGGUUGAUAUCUGGCAAGCCAAUGCCACCGGUGUGUACAGUGGAAUCUCCGAGUCAGGCAACUACGCCGCAGACGGCUGGGACUCAACCUACCUGCGCGGUAUCCAGCAGACGGACCGCGACGGCGUCGCAACCUUCGAAACCAUCGUCCCAGGCCACUACGAAGGGCGAGCAACACACACCCACCUCCUCACCCACCUAAAUGCAACCCUCCUCCCCAACAAGACCCUCAAGGCCGACACCGGUAGCGUCGCCCACAUUGGCCAGCUCUUCUGGAACGAGGUCCUCCGCACUGCCGUCGAGGAUACAUACCCCUACAACACCAACACGCAGGGCGUCACCACCAACGCCGAGGAUACGUGGAGUAUCGAGCAGGCUGAUAGCGCUUACGAUCCCUUCCCCGAGUACAUUUACCUCGGUGAGGGCUUGGACGAUGGAUUGUUCGCUUGGAUUCAGAUUGGUAUCAACACUACCGCUGAUUACACUGAUGACUCGUACUAUAGUAUUGCUGCUUUCCACGAUGCUGAUGGUGGAUACCAGAAUACUGAUAGCUCGUUCGGUGGUGGUAGCGGUGGUGGUGCUCCUUCCGGUGCUGCUGGUUCUGCUCCUAGUGGUACCGGUAGUGUUAUGCCUAGUCCAUCUGCCUCUGCUUGA